AUGGCCGAACCAGAAUCAAGAGGACCAGGGACAAGGAUUCGAAAUCCAAUAGCGGCAGAGUCAGUGCUGCGAUAUCGAAGGGAAAAGAGAAACCCUAAGCGAAAGCUUUAUGGUUUGGAUGAUGAUUUUGAUGCUGUAAACGAUCCCUACCAUUUGAUGAAGAAUCAUCGCUUGUCCUUUGAGUUUGAUGUGGAAUUCUAUCUUCCUCCAUAUACACUAGUUGAGUCUGAGUGGGGCGAUAGUUAUGAUAUCGCCCUUUAUUCUAGGCUUGGACUCCACUGCCACAAUAUUCAAAAGGGAACAAACUUCAAGUUUGUGCGCUGGGAAAAAUAUAGGAGUGCAUAUACUGCAUACAUGGACUACUACGUAACUCUGGAGGCAAAGGAUACGUCCUCUGACUCGGACAUCUCUUUUCAGACGCUAUUACGCAAUGUUCCGUAUUCAAACAAAAUCAUUAAGUGGAUGAUCUUAGCCUCCAGAAUCAAAUGUAACAAAGCAGUGGAUGAUGAUGAAUGGGACGAUACGGGAGUAGAUGGCUUCUACAAAGGUCCGAUGCGCAAAUGGUUGUCUGAUGAGGACUUGGCCCGUGACAAUAAAAAGUAUUACGUGGUAAGAUCACGUCCACUACGGGAAAAUACAAUUUCUGGACAGGUGAAAGAAUCAGAGCUGCAGGAGAAUGACUGGCUUCAUCUAUUCACGGAAAUUGCCUUCUACGGGAAAACAAAGCGCACAGCGGAGGCUUACACUCCCUUGGAGAUGAAGAAGGUGGUCAUUGAAACUAAAGAAGGAGACACAACAGAGGCGCUCAAGGCGGGAAACGCAAUCUACUACGUAAGUUACAAGUGUAUUGACGAUGAUCCUUCAACAGGUUGGCCUGGUGAUCACAAAGCCAUUAUAAGGAAAACCAUGGAUGGUAAACCAGAGCACAUGUAUCUCGAAGUGACAGACGGAACUCGAGAAGAAGAAGAAGAAGAAUAA